GGACGAAAAGGUGGUCUCCCAAGCUGCGGAGCUGAAUGAGCAGCUUGAUAGAGUUCUCAAAAGACAUGAUGCACUUCUUUCUGUUAGGCCAACCUCCACAUCAAAUCCACAUGAUCAUGGGCUAUCAGAAGAAGAAGAGGAGCCUGAACAGCUUUUCCGAAGAAUAAGAAAAGGUAAAGCUCGGUUACUGCCUGAAGAUGAAGGCAGCCAAGUAGAGCACCCAUUUGGAUUGCUAGGAUCUGCGGUUCCAGGGGAUAUGCUACAUCGUCCACUUAUAAGACCGGUUAUGGAGCAGAAGCAAGAAAACAACAUUGAUAAAAUGGCUGCUGUUGCAAUUCCUCCACCACCUGCAAAACAUGCUGAGAGAGAAAAGUUCUUCCAAGAAAACAAGUCUGAUGGUUCGACUCUGCCUGGUCACAUGAGGGCCCUCUCCUUACACAGUCGCAACGCCAGCAGCUCUCGCAGUGGCAGCAUCGAUUUCAGUGAAUAAUAUGCUUUCUUAUGUUAUGCUCACCCCUUAUUUUUGAGGUUUCUUUCACCUGUAUCAAGCUUUCUUCUUGUGUGCUAUUUUAAAGUUAUGUACGUGGAUAUUGGAUAUUUUGGGGAGCGGGUUGGAAUGUUGUCAACAUUCUUAUAUGCUAGUUUAAAUUUGACAGUCUCGUUACAUAUAUUUUUCACAA